AUGGAUGCGAGGGAGCUGAAGUUUGAUGCGCUGACUUUUCGGCGGAAAGACAAGCUGGAAAGAGCGGAGCGGCACAGAGAUAAUGACACACUUCCGACAACGAAUUACACGGACAGGAAGAAGCGCUCUUAUCACUGCACGCCAUCCAGCACUUGCUGGGAGACGUUCAGUGAGGAGAGCGCGGCAUGGCUGGUGAAUUCUGGAGGUCGAGUCAAUCGCAAAGAUACACAUCAGACCUUGCAAUGCGGUAGUCUCUUGUUCACUCGGAGCGCACAUCGCACACCAGGGGUAGACGAGAGAAAUGCCCUAUCACUGCGUUCUUCCGGGGUAGAGAGGAGUUCAGAGUCUCGUGUUAUAGCCAUCCAUGAGGAAAUUCUCGGUUCUUCGUGUGGAACGUGUGAUCUCGCAGCACCCACUUGGAUAGGACCCACGACUCUCGACGGAAGGACGUGCAGGACAGAACCAGACGCUCAAGCACCACCAGAGAGCGGUAUCACAACGCGGAACUGGGAAAUGUGGCAUAUCGCUGGUGCCAAGAAGCCAAAGAGACGGCCGGGCGUGCGGGAGAGGGAUCCUGAGUCCUGA